AGUGCUGUCAGAGGAGCUGUGAUAAAGUUCAGCAUUAGUGCAAAUGCUCCGUGCGGAUUCGUUAUCAAGUCUGUCCGUGAACAUCUCUCUCAUUGGAGCGGAACGAACCCGAAUUAAAUUAAAUUGACAACAAUUUGUUGUUGGUGGUCUCCUGAUUCUCCAUGGUGCAGCCUGAUUGGAUGGAUCUAGAUCUAUCACUCUAUUUGUAACAAGUCUGUGUGGAAGCCAACGGAUCAGAGCGUCAUGGCAAUAAACAUCCCAGGAGUGAUAGCAAUGCUGGCAUUCUACAUGUUGGUCCUCGGGACCGGAAUCUGGGCUUCUUUUAAGUCCAGGAGGGAGCAAAAGAGAAGUGGUGCAGGUGAAAUGGAGAUGGCUCUGCUGGGAAACCGCAGCAUCAGCUGGAUGGUUGGGAUCUUCACCAUGACAGCCACGUGGGUUGGAGGAGGCAUGAUUGUAGGCACAGCCGAGGUCAUUUACACGCCCUCUAUGGGACUCCUCUGGUCACUGACAGCAAUUUCUGCACAAGGAUUGUCCUUUAUAAUUUGUGGUCUGGUGUUCGCUAAACCACUGAGAGAGAAACACUGCGUGACGAUUCUGGAUCCUUUCCAUGUGAAGUAUGGAAAAGUACUAACAGCUGGACUGUGCGUCUUCACUCUUUUUCUGGAUGUGAUUAGUGUGGCUGUAGUACUCAUUGGUUUAGGAGGAACCAUGAGUGUGAUCCUGAAUGUGUCCUACACUGUGUGUGUCUGGAUCUCUGCUGCUGUUGUCGUCACCUACACACUGAUGGGAGGUCUCUACUCUGUGGCCUACACUGAUGUCAUACAGCUGAUCCUUAUAUUUACAAGUUUGUGGCUCUGUGUUCCCUUUGUUCUGAUGAACCCCAGCACCCUGGACAUUGGUCAAACACUGCUGAACAACACCCUACACGCUCCGUGGAUUGGUGAACCAGAACUGAAGAAGACUGGCAUCAUGAUUGACGACUUUCUUUUCUUUGCACUUGGCAGUGCGGGCUUCCAGUGCCUUCACCAGAGGACCCUGGCAGCUUCUUCAUUAAGAACUGCUAAGAUCACAAGUGUGGCUGGUGGAUUUUUUUUCCUCGUAUUUGGAAUUCCGCCUAUACUGAUCGGAGCAGCCGCAUCAUCUACAGAUUGGAACCUGACCUCCUAUGGAUCUCCGUCACCAUAUGAACGUGGAGAAGCUGCUCUGAUCCUGCCCAUCUCCCUGCAGCAGCUCACCCCAUCCUACAUCUCCAUCAUUGGGAUUGGCUGUAUAGCUGCUGCUGUGAUGUCAUCAGCUGACUCGAGCUUAAUUUCUGCGGCUUCACUUUUUACCUCCAACCUGUAUAAGAACAUCCUGAGACCACGGGCAUCAGACAAAGAGAUCCAGUGGGUGAUCCGGGUCGCUGUCUUGGUAGUGGGUUUGUUGGGCACAGUUCUUACCAGCCUAGCCAAUAGCAUUGUAAGUUUGUGGGUUCUUAGUUGUGAGGUGUCCUUCGUCAUCAUUUUCCCUCAGCUGGUCUGUGUAGUCUUCAUCAACAUAUCUAAUGGUUAUGGAGCUAUCGUGGGCUGUGUGGUUGGGCUGGUGCUCAGACUCCUCAGUGGAGUCCCAUCUCUAGGACUUCCUGUUGUCCUCUGUCUCCCAGGAUGUGUCCUUAAGGAUGGAGUUUAUGUCCAGUACGCUCCAGUGAAGACCAUCUCCAUGCUGUCUGCCGUUGUCUCCAUUGUGUUGUUCUCCUAUCUGACAGCUGUGCUCUUCAACAAAGGUCUGCUUCCUGAGAAAUGGGAUGUGUUCAAGGUGAAAGUUAAUCUUUUGUCUGAACAACUGAAUCCAGUAAAUGAUGUCAAGGAAGACCACGAGACCAGGUGUUGGAGUUCUGAAACUAAAUUUUGAGGUUUCAGUGUGUUUUUAUGUGUAUAAAUAUAUACACACACAGACACCACCAAGAACUAAUCGGACGUCAAAGAAACAAAGACGUUGGAGUGAAGUUGUUUGGUGACCUGUUACUAAAUCAAAAGCUUUGGGAGCAAAAACGAAACAAAGAGACAAAAGAGAUGAAAGCUUAGGUUACAACAUGCUUUGUACCAAACUGUAACUCUUUUUGAUGACUGAAUAAAUUAUUCAGGAU